CAUGUACAUAUUUUCAACUGUACAUAUUCUUCUGCAUGUACCAAUUGGUACACAAUAUCUAUUUAUCUUCUAAGAAGUUUAACCAUUCUUAUUACUCAAGGUUGAGAUGGAGGAGAGGGUUUCCUCAACCUGCUGCUUCUGUUUCAGAUUUAUGAAGAUCAGAAGAACGUAGAAGAUUAUGUCUCACAAUAUGGGAUUCAUUUCACAAUAAUAUUAAGAUUGUAAAAUUGGAAACCUGCGCAAAAACAUUGCUUCUUUGUAUCAGCUGUGCAGCGCAUUUAAACAUUGUUAAUGUUAAAAAUAUGUGUUCAGGGUAACCCUUGUAUUAACUUAUUUCUGAUACGUUAAAAUUAAUAGUUUGUUCUUAAUUUCAAUUUUUUAACGGAAUACACUCGUGGGGUAUCUUAUCAACAAAGAAUCUUCAUUCAAAACAAUUAAAAUAAAUUUUUAUUUUUAAAACAAUUCUACACUUUAUUUUGUUUAAUUUCAAUAGCAUCUUUACAUAUUGUCAACUUUUUUCUAAAAUGUAUGAAAGUUUUCUAUCUCCAAAAUCCUAGAAUGUCAAUUUUUUUAUCUUCAUUGAAUGUUAAUAGUAAACCUAUUCAUGGAAAUUAAUGUUGAGAAUAUCUGGAGUAAACUUAGAGAUUUAAGUGUAGCUGAGGCUAAAAUAACAGAUGCUGAGUUCACGGAAGAAGUAAGAUAUCUCCCUAUGGUGGAGAAUCUGAACCUGUGUUGGUGCCCUGAGCUGACUGAUUCCGGACUCCAGGAGAUAUGGAGAAUCCCAGGAAGCAGAUCAAAGACUGUUUAUUGUUUAUGUAUACGGAACCAAUAUAGCUUCUGAUGAUAUGGAAACUCUGUGUAAACAAUAUCCUUUUGUGAGUACUUACUUGACUAGUACAGAAUUUACUGAUGAAUUGAUACAGAACUGAAAUAGUGAAUAUCUGUGAUUUAACAAAUAAAUGUAUUCCACUCCACUCAUCGUUUAUAAAUUCCUGUUUAGUGGUUUCUAUAUCAGUGUUUUCUCAUUUAUUCUUUGACUGUUAUUAUAUUAUUUAAUGGGAUUUUUCAUGAUGAGUCAUUAAAGUCUUAAAGUUUAAUUUCCCAAUUUUCAGAGAAUAAAAACACAGAGGAAAUGGAGAACAAGUUAUCAGGAUUAGAGAGCAUGGUAGUUUAUGAUCUAAUGGUUGUGCUCAAGUAUUUAACCAAGAAGGACAAGGGAUCACUAAGAGCAUCAAGUACAACCUUGCUGAGACGGAUUGAUGAGUUGGAAAAGAACACCUUCAAGGUUUGGAGGAUACACGGGGAAGUUGAUUCUUCUAGACUGAAAAGAUUAUCAGACGAGAUACGUACUAUUCAAGAGUUGGCAAUCUAUACUCUUAUUACACCUGGUUGUGGUCCAGCGUUCAACUACUUGGUGGAGAAACACGAGGAGCUGGAAUCUAUCCGUAUAGGAUUUGUUAAACAUGAGAAUGAAUAUGAAAAUAAGGAUCAGGAUGAAAUCGUUCUGAGAACACUCUCUCAUAACAAUUUAAAAUCUAUUACUAUUUAUGGUAUGAAGAAUACAGGAGAUAUUACUGGUCGUCUUCCCAGCACUCUUCCUAACCUAGAGAAGCUACAGCUGACAGCUGAUUGCGAUGAGUUGUCAAAUGGAGGACUGGUGGAGAUACUGAGAAUAUCUGGGAGUAAACUCAGAUAUCUGGAUGUAUCCUGGACUAGUGUCACAGGGGUCGGAUUUAAGGACGGAGUAAAAUCUCUCCCUAUGUUGGAGAACCUAAAACUGGUAUUCUGUGAUGAGUUGACUGAAGAAGGACUCCAGGAGAUACUAAGCACAGCAGGGAAUAGAUUGAAGAUUUUGUGUGUGAAUGGAGAAAGAAUAUCUGCUGUUUGCAUAGAAACUCUCCGUAUUCUUCUGUUUAAUUUGAGUCGUAACCUGUGAACACAGAUAAUUAAGAACUGAUGAAUAUUACUCGGACGAAUGCUUAUCAAUAUAGAGUAUCCUCCGAAUUUCUAGAUUCAAGAUUUCUAUUGUUGUCAAAGUUUUUACUUUGUUUUAAUUCUUCUAAAUGACACUUUUUAUGGCAGUUUUUGGUUUCUACAGUCAACACAAACGUUCAUUUUUGUGAAUAUGUUUGCUUUGUUAUUUAAUCUGAAUGCGGUUUCUUUGUUUAUAUUUGUUGCAAAUAUUUUAAAAU